AAAGCCUCAAGACUUCUCACGUCUCUCUCUUUCUUGAUAAGCAACAUACUCUGUGUUUACAUCAUAAUACACAUACAGAGAGACUAAUAUUAUUCAACACUAAACUCUGUAAAGUGUUUAGGUUUCCAUUGUUUUUGGGAACUAUGUCUCUUCUUACAGAUCUCAUCAACCUCAAUCUCUCAGAAUCCACUGACAAGAUUAUCGCCGAGUACAUAUGGAUCGGUGGAUCUGGCAUGGAUAUGAGGAGCAAAGCCAGGACUCUACCUGGUCCAGUUAGUGAUCCUUCGAAGCUUCCUAAAUGGAAUUAUGAUGGCUCUAGUACUGGUCAAGCUCCUGGUGAAGACAGUGAAGUGAUCCUAUACCCUCAAGCUAUUUUCAAGGAUCCAUUCAGGAGGGGUAACAAUAUCCUUGUUAUGUGUGAUGCAUACACACCAGCAGGUGAGCCAAUUCCAACAAACAAGAGACACGCAGCUGCUAAGAUUUUUAGCCAUCCUGAUGUUGUUGCUGAAGAGCCAUGGUAUGGUAUUGAGCAGGAAUACACCUUGUUGCAGAAAGAUAUUAAAUGGCCUCUUGGCUGGCCCGUUGGUGGUUAUCCUGGCCCUCAGGGACCAUACUACUGCAGUGCAGGAGCUGACAAAUCCUUUGGCAGAGACAUUGUUGAUGCACACUACAAGGCCUGUCUUUAUGCUGGUAUCAACAUUAGUGGUAUCAAUGGAGAAGUGAUGCCAGGCCAAUGGGAAUUUCAAGUUGGACCUGCAGUUGGUAUCUCAGCUGGAGAUGAAUUGUGGGUUGCUCGCUACAUUUUGGAGAGGAUUACAGAGAUUGCUGGAGUAGUCCUCUCUUUUGAUCCCAAACCAAUUCAGGGUGAUUGGAAUGGUGCCGGGGCACACACAAAUUACAGUACAAAGUCAAUGAGGAAUGAAGGAGGCUAUGAGAUCAUCAAGAAAGCCAUUGAAAAAUUGGGGUUGAGGCACAAAGAACACAUUGCUGCAUAUGGUGAAGGAAAUGAGCGGAGGCUCACUGGGAAACAUGAAACAGCUGACAUCAACACUUUCAAAUGGGGUGUUGCAAACCGUGGGGCAUCAAUUCGUGUUGGCCGCGACACUGAGAAGGAAGGAAAAGGUUAUUUCGAGGACAGGAGGCCUGCUUCCAAUAUGGACCCAUAUGUUGUUACAUCCAUGGUUGCAGAAACAACCAUCCUGUGGAAACCAUAAGCAAAUUUGGCACCCGACCCAAAAAUUCAAAAACAUUGUUGUUUCUAGCCUUUCUAUGAGAUGAAGUGCAGAAAGAACUGUGUUUUUAUUAGGGAAACUUUGAAUGUUGUUUUGACUUGGUAUAAGCAAUGGUUGUUUCCUAUUGUUUCAUUUGGCCCUUGUAUGGGAGGUGUAGCAAGGUUGGUUUAUUGCUUCCUUGCGCUAGUGGAUUCUGCCUUAGUGUCUGAAUAAUGUAAUGGUUUAAAACUUCCUUCAAUAAGAUUACUGAAGGGGGAAAUUUCUGCCAUUUCUUGAAA